AUCAAUGGAGUCUAUCCCGUCAAUGGCGCGAUCCCCUUUUUCCGGCUUCGUCUCCGCCAUUCGGUUUCGUCUCCUCUUCCGGAUUGACUCUGCCAGCUGUUCCUGGACCGGAGGUGACCGGGCCUAACUCUAUGGGCCGGCCCGAGCCUGGAUAUCCUCCAAGCGCCUGACCGAAGUUGCUCAAAUGAUUCAUUUGGGCCGCCCGGUGGGUAUCAGCCCAUCACAAGCCCCCCAACUCCUCAGUCCUCGACUGGGCCAAAUUGAGGAAUGGGGAGUUUACGAAGUCCACGUGGGCGCUCCGGCGUGGAUCCGGGCCGUUUCUUGGGCUCCGCGUGACACUUGGGCACGAUCUCCACGAAUAGUUCCGCUGCUACCCGACCCGUUCUUCUUCCUUUCCAGGUCAGUUCCUUUUCUCGCCGCCAUGAUUGUUUCAGAUUCCGAUUCGGCCACCCCAUCGUCCAAUUCUCGCCAAGCCGAUCAAUCGGCCUCUGGCCGUAACCCCGGCCAUACUCAAUCACCCCAGCCGUCGCCGUCGGCCGCGUCCGGCCAUAAACGGCGUCGAUUGAGGAAGCAAUUCCCUUCCUCAACCCCGGUAGAUGAGGGCUCGAGGGUUGGAUUGGACGAAAACAUCAUGGCGCUGUGCCAUUGCCAGAUUACUGACCGGGGGUUCGCCGAUGCUACUGACAUGGUCGGACCUUCCAUUGAAGUCAUGAGACCUACCAGCACCCAAACCGCACUAGACGCUCCUUCAGGGUUCUUCACGGUCCAUCUAGCGUCUUUGAAGAAGGGGCUGUGCUUCCCACUCCACCCGCUGUUGAUCGAAUUCCUCAACGUGGUGGACUUUCUUCCGUGUCAAUUGGUCCCCAACUCUCACCGGUACAUCGCCGGUUAUCUGGUCCGGUGCAAGGUUGUAGGGGUGAAACCAACUUUGGACCAUUUCCUAUUCAUUUUCAAGCUGACCAAGGGCCAUAAGGAUUGGGCGUCCUAUGCUAGCCUUUCCCAGAGGUCCAGUAAGCUCUUUGCUCGUGACAAGAAGGGGUCAACCAAAGACUGGAAACCCUUCUUCGUUUUCGUCUCGACGGGGCCCGAAUCUCCUUUCACGGGUUCAGGGCGCCCUUCCUUCCGCCGCAUCCCAUGCCCCCCAUUUGAUGCCACCCUUUUGUCCAUCACUCGCCAACUCUGCAAUAAGGGAGUUAUGAACAUCAAAGAGGUGGUGACAGAGGAAACCCUUGCCGGGUUGGGGUUUGAGUUUGUUCGGGAUGAGCUUCGUCACCAACCCGACCUACUGAGGGACAUUCCCGGGGGGCAUCAGCCUGACCAGCUGAAGGACAUCCCUGAGAAAGAUCUUGACUGUGGUCCUUUUGUGGAAUUACAAGAUUCAGGAGAAGAGAUGGACGGCGAUCUCCUACUCAGUCGCUUCACUGUAGGGAGGAAGAGGAAGAGAGAGGCGAAGGGCCAGGGCAAACGCUCUUCGUCCCACCACGGGGAGAGUCCUUCCCGAGAGCCGGUUGUAAUUGUAGUGGAGGAUCAGGAUGAUGCUACCCUAGAACCGGGUACAAUGACGGGCCAGUCCCCUCCUCACUUUGUGAUGCCGGGUGGCGACCUCGCUGGGUCGUCGCAAGGUGUUGCCUCGGAGCGACCUCCUUCGCCCCCCGCGGUGACCUACGAGGUGGCAACCAGGGGUCGCUCGACGAGGAUUUGCAUUCCUCCUCUGCCCCAAAGCUUAGGGGACGUGCAACUGGAGACCCUGAUCACCCUGCCCGCGGAGGACCAUGCCCGCAUCUCGGCCGGUUCUGAGGACGACCUUGAUAACAUGGUCCUCUUGAGGCUAAGCCAGGCAACGCUGGGGAUGAUUGAGGUGGUCGGUAAGAGACGGGGCCACCAAGCUGCCUUGGGCGAGGCGUUGAAGACAUCGGAGGCCAGGCAGAAGGAAUUGCAGGAGGAGGUCGCCCGACUCACAAGGGAGCUGGAGGAGAAGGAAAAUCGCUGCGCGGCGCUCGCUGUGGAGAAAAUUUCCCAGGAGAACCGCUGCGUCGCCCUUGAGGCAGACAAGGCCUCCUUGUCCUCGGAGGUAGAAUCAGUUUCUGCUCGCGUGGUCGAGCUGGAUAGGGAGAAGUCUGACCUGAUCCAGCAGUUGGAAGUGGAGAGGAGCGACCGGGUCCGCCACGCAGAGGAAGCGGUGGAAUACUUCAAGUCUUCUCCUGAUUUCUCGAUGGUCGCGAUGGAGCGGAUGGACGAGCUAACAGCCGCUUGGCUCAAAACUGAACCUGGGGCUCAAUGGAUGGUCAGGGAGGGGACCAAGUCCUUCAAUUGUGGACUCUUCCGCGCCCAACAGGUCUUCUGCGACAAACUGGCUCAGCUUCCCAAAGGAUUCUCUCUCCCCGACCUCGGCUUUCCCCCUCCUUGCCGUUCCUUGGCCGAGUUCGACCCCCGUCCUUACUUGGACGGAGGGAGCUCAAGCGCGUCUGAAGAAGAGGAGGAAGAAGAAGAGGAAGGUGGACAGGGCGACCAGACCCCCGGGGUCAGCUUAGCCACGUCCAAGGCGGGUGGACAUUCCGGCUCGGCCGUCUAACCUCCCCUGUUGUUCCCCCACAGCUUCAUAAACACUUGCUUUUUUUUCUUUUUGGAAUGAUAUGUCGUUUUGAUACAAUGCUCCUAUGUUGUUUGGUUUUCUGGAUUUACCCUGUGAUUUUCUUUUUCUGCGUUUUACUUCUGCACUCUCUUCUCUAGUUUAGCUGGUUAACAUGGGCAUUUUCGUUAGGGCCCAACUUCUAAUCCCGGCCCGAUUACCUGACCAGGCCCAAUCUCAGGAUUGGCCAGCGUGCCGCCCAACUGACCCAAUGCCUCUUGCAGUCUCUGAUUGGACCUUCGCGCGGCUCAAAGCUGCUUUAUCGGUUCAGCUGCCUUGGGACUUGACCGUCUCUUCGGUUUCUUC